AUGGGUGAGGCAACUGAGGUUCGGGCCAUGGAGAUAGAGGCUGAUGAGGAGUGUCCAGUAAAGCAAGUAGACCUUACUGUGCCGAAAACGGAUGAUCCCACCAUGCCUAUUGCUGUGGUUCCAUUGGGGCAUCUGAUGGCUAGAAAAGUGACUACUCGUAUGUUCUUUGAGGGUACAAGCUGGGAGUUUACAUUGAAUCUAGGACCUUUUAAUGUCAAGGAACAUGUGCUGAUUACAAUCUUUGCGAAUUCGGGUGCCGGAACUGUUUAUGCUACUCAUAUUCUCUUUGCUGUUAAGCUGUACUAUAAGAGGAAACUAACUUUUGUUCCUGCCUUGUUUGUUAUGGUUACUACUCAGCAACUAGGUUCAGGCUUGCAAGGACUUGGAAUAGGUGCUGUAGGAUUUGACUGGGCUACAAUUUCAUCUUAUCUCGGAAGUCCACUAGCUAGUCCAUGUUUUGCUACUGCCAAUGUUGCUAUUGGAUUUUUCCUCACAAUGUAUUUGAUGACACCCAUCUGUUACUGGCUCGAUAUCUACAAUGCCAAGACCUUCUCAAUAUAUUCCAACAAGCUUUUUACAGAAAAGGGUGAGGAGUACAACAUGCUUAAGAUUAUCAAUUCAAAGUUUCAUCUAGAUAGAGAAGCUUAUGCAAAGUUUGGGCCAGUGCAUCUGAGCACCUUCUUUGCUAUGCGGCCUUGGAUUUGCCACGCUAACAUUAUUACGGAAUUCAUUAUAGGGUGCAUGUACCCGGAGCGGCCGGUUGCUAAUAUGUGCUUCAAGGUGUACGGAUAUAUAAGCAUGACUCAAGCUCUGACGUUUCUAGCAGAUUUUAAGCCAGUCCACUACAAGAAAAUUCCACCUAGAUCAAUGUUCAUGGCACAGGUUAGCGGUAUACUUGUAUACCUAGGAACUGCCUGGUGGAUGAUGGAUGCCAUUCCCGAUCUUUGUGGUCGAGACAACGGCCGUGGAAAUGCCCCAUGGACAGGGUGUUUUUUGAUGCUUCUGUCAUAUGGGGGCUGGUUGGACCUCGCAGAAUCUUUAGAAACCUCGGUGAAUAUGGAGGAUUCAAUUGGUUCUUUUUUGAGGGGGCUAUAUCGAACGGAACAGUGGAAACGUUAUAAUUAUGUCCUCUCUAGCCGUCUUGAUGCUGGGACAGCUUUUAUGACUGUUGAUCUUUUUUGCUCUCGGAUACUGGAAUGUUGGCCUGACAUAGUGGGGAAGCAAUCCAAACAACCCAGAUGGAUGCCCCUUGGCUAG